AUGCCAGUUCCAAUCGAAUACUCAUAUGAGGACACAGAAAACAUAUUGGUGUUAGAUGAACUGGAUUACGACCGGUUUGAAAUGGGUAGAGAACUUCAACAGUGUCUUGCUUCCUUUACAGAUGAGCAAAGAAAGGUUUAUGAUGUAGUCAUGGAUGCAGUAACCAAUGACAGUGGUGGAAUGUUCUUUCUAUAUGACCAUGGUGGAACCAGAAAGACGUUUCUAUGGAAAACUCUUUCGACUGCAGUUCGUUCGAAGGGAGAGAUUGUAAUUAACGUUGCAUCGAGUGGUAUAACAUCGUUAUUGCUCCCCGGGGGAAGAACAACUCAUUCUCGAUUCGGACUACCCAUAAAUGUACAUGAGAGUUCCACCUGCAGCAUAUCGCAACAAAGUCCACAUGUAGAGUUGCUCAUAAGGGCAAAGCUUAUUAUAUGGGACAAGGCUCCUAUUAUGCAUAGAUACUAUUUUGAAGCCCUUGACAAGACAAUGAAGUCAAUAUUACAGGCUGACAAACCCUUUGGUGGUAAGGUGGUUGUUCUUGGAGGUGAUUUUAGGCAGAUUUUACCAGUUGUGCUCAAAGCAUCAAGGCAGGACAUAGUACAUGCUACGAUAAACUCCUCUCCACUGAGGAAUUUCUGUCGUAUCACGAAGUUGACUAAGAACAUGAGAUUGCAGUCAUGUUCUUCUCCAUCUAAUGUGGAUGGGAUAAAAGAAUUUGGAGACUGGAUACUGAAUGUUGGUAAUGGGGAUGUUGGGGAAGACAAUGAUGGUGAAGCUUCGAUAGAGAUUCCAGAUGACAUGUUGAUUGGUGAUUCAGUAGAUCCAUUCAGAGACCUACUAGAAUUCUUUUACCCGAAUUUGUUGAGUAACAUGUACAAUCGAGAUUAUUUUCAAGGGAGGGAAAUUCUUCCACCAACUAAUGAAUGCGUCGAGUCUGUGAACGAUCACUUAAUGUCUCUCAUUCCAGGAGAGGAUAAGGUGUACCUGAGCUCAGAUAGUAUAUGUAGGGACGAGCACACAACGGAGGAUAAUGCAGAAAUUUAUUCGACUGAAUUCCUCAAUACAAUAAGAUGCUCCGGAGUUCCUUCUCAUGCGUUGAGGAUCAAGGUUGGUGCACCCGUUAUGCUAAUAAGAAACAUCGAUCAAGCUAGAGGAUUGUGUAACGGUACUAGACUUCUAAUUAUUAGAACUGGCAUUCACGUUCUGAGUUGCAAAAUUCUUUCCGGAAAAAAUAUCGGUGACAUGGUGUUCAUUCCUCGGAUGACUUUAAUACCAUCUAACUCCGGACUGCCAAUUAAAUUUCAGAGAAGACAAUUUCCGUUGAUUGUUUCUUUUGCAAUGACGAUAAAUAAAAGCCAAGGCCAAACUCUUUCGCAUGUUGGUUUGUAUCUUCCUAGGCCUGUCUUCAGCCAUGGUCAACUAUAUGUUGCAGUGUCCAGAGUUAAGAGCAGAGGUGGCAUUAAGAUAUUCAUCAAGUCGGAUUCGGGUGUACUCACCAAUGUUACUAGAAAUGUCGUGUACAAGGAAGUAUUUCAUCGAAUUUGA